CGCAGGAGGGUCACUGCCCCCUCCCACCCAGAGAUAUAUCAGCCAAUCACCGGGGACCCGGGAGAGACCAUACAGCUCCCACAGGUAACAAUGACUACAUUAACACGCCAAGACUUGAACUUUGGACAAGUUGUUGCUGACAUUUUAUGUGAAUUUCUCGAAGUUGCUGUUCAUCUCAUACUCUAUGUUCGUGAAGUUUACCCCAUUGGGAUUUUCCAGAAAAGAAAGAAAUACAAUGUGCCAGUACAGAUGUCGUGUCAUCCAGAACUGAACCGCUAUAUCCAAGACACGCUGCACUGUGUGAAACCGCUUAUAGAGAAGAAUGACGUGGAAAAGGUAGUUGUGGUAAUUUUGGACAAAGAGCACCACCCUGUGGAGAGAUUUGUAUUUGAAAUUGCACAACCGCCCCUGCUUUCUAUCAGUUCUGACUCCCUGCUGUCUCACGUUGAGCAGCUACUCCGUGCAUUCAUUUUGAAGAUCAGUGUGUGCGAUGCUGUUCUAGAUAAUAACCCUCCAGGUUGCACGUUUACUAUCCUGGUUCAUACAAGAGAGGCUGCCACCCGCAAUAUGGAGAAGAUUCAGGUGAUUAAGGACUUUCCCUGGAUUCUGGCUGAUGAGCAGGAUGUGCACAUGCAGGAACCUCGUCUGAUUCCUCUCAAGACUAUGACCUCUGACAUAUUAAAGAUGCAACUUUAUGUAGAAGAGCGAGCACAGAAAAGCACUUGAUCUCAGCUAGGAACCUGAAUUGUGGAGAUGCCUCACUCGAGAAGUCUCUGAAACAUGUCUGCUUUCAUGGUGCUACGGAGAAUGAGCCAGCUUCCAAUGUAAAUAACAGAUUGCCACGUACAAAUGGAGCAGCCAAAACUAUAUCUCUAACAGGACUGGAUGGCAGUCUCACUGCAGAGCUCUGAAACUAUAUCUCUAA